UUUAGCCAUCUAUUGCAGCAGGUUGCAGGCUCUCAACAGCGACGUGCCUGGCGACCGGGAGCCAGAAGUGCGUAUCCGAGACUCCGAGCCGACUCCCGACUGCAAUGGAGUGAUCCACGAGUGAACUUUAGAACUACUCUCCUUCUCAGUCUCUUGACUUCUCAAAUUCUCGUUCAAUUUAUUAGGGAUAGCAAUCUGUGAAUCGCUUAGCCUGAGUUUGUCCCUAAAUUACUUGGUCCCUUGGUUAUAUUUACCCCAAAUCUGUGAAUAUAUGGGUUUAGGUUGUAUAAAACAAAACACUGACACUCUUUUAUAUUUUGAAUAUAAGGCAAAAAUUCUGGGCCGGCCACUGCCCAGAUCCCGCCGACAUUCUCCAAACCAACCGUGGCGGCGAUGAGGAAGGCGGGGGUGACCUCCGCCUCCAGCGGUGGAGGAGAAGGAUGGCCGUGCGGUGGUGGCCUCAACCUCGGUGUGAAGCUGAACGUGCUGCUACUGCUGUUGGUGGUGGCCACCAAUCUGGUGUCCCUGUACCACCUCUCCCUCCGCGCCGCCACCGUGCCGCCGGUCCUUCUCCAGCAGCAACGUGACGGCGACAAGGAUCUGGUCCUGAUCCGGCAGCUGGAAGCCAUCCGCGCGGGCGUGUCGCAGCUGAACCACCUCCGCUCGUCGUCCCCUCCCCCGCCGCUUCCGCCGGCGGAGCUUGUCCUCUACUCCCGCCUCGCCCCCGUCGCAUCCGCCUGCUCCGCGCACCCGGAGCUCCUCCACCGCUACAUGUCCUACACUCCCUACGCGCUCUGCCCCGACGACGCCCUCUCCAUCGCCGAGCCCCUCCUCCUCCGCGGAUGCCAUCCGCUCCCGCGUCGCAGGUGCUUCUCCCCCACCGCAUCCGCAUCAGCAUCCAAACUCCUCCCCACCGACCCCUUCUCCCCGCUUCCCGACGCCGCCGUCCGAUGGCCCAAGGAGGCGAAGUGCAAAUCGUUCUCCUGCCUGCCGCCGUCGCUGGGCUUCGACGUGGCGCGCACGGAGGCCGCACGGUUCCUCCGCGCGCGCGGGCCCUUAGACCUGACGGCCCCGCAGCUACUGCGGCUGGCCUCGCUGAGCCGGGCAGGGCCCAUCCGGCUUGGGCUCGACAUCGGCGGCGGCACGGGCACGCUGGCGGCGCGGCUCAAGAAGCUCGUCAACGCCACGGUGCUGACGACAACCAUGAAUCUGGGCGCUCCCUACUCGGAGGCGGCGGCGGCACGCGGGGUGGUGCCGCUGCACGUGCCGCUGCAGCAGCGGUUCCCGGUGGGGGAUGGGACCAUGGACGUGGUGCGGGCGGGGCACGCCGUGAACCGUUGGAUCCCGGAGGUGGCGCUGGAGUUCCUGUGGUACGACGCCGACCGUGUGCUGCGCCCGGGCGGGCUUCUCUGGGUGGACCACUUCUGGUGCCGGAGGAGCGACCUGGAGGGCGUCUACGCCGCCAUGCUGCGGAGGCUUGGCUACAAGACCAUCAAGUGGGUCGCCGCCGACAAGAGUGUUGCCAUCGGCGGCAACAGCAGCAAGGACGAGGUCUACCUCACCGCGCUGCUGCAGAAGUCCUUCAGUUAGGCAGUGAACAUCGGGGAAAUGACACGGAAUUCAUCCAUCAGCCGAAGAAGGCGAAGCAAUACAGUGCUAGUGCGAUUCCGGCAGACUCGCAGCAAUCAGCUUGUGUUAUCCCACUCUAGAAUUUCUGCUGCAACGUGCGUAUGCGUGCAACAAUGUAAGCAAAUGGAACUUAGGCUACUCUAACAGAUGCCUCUUCGCAUUCUCUAUCUUAUCCUCUAUUCUCUGCAAAUAAUAUCAACAAUGUCUUCUAC